AAACCAUAUAAGAAAAUAUAUCUGAGACACUUCCGGCGCGGAAAAUGGCAGCCGCCAUUGUGGACUCACGUGUGAGUGCAGAGGACAAUCUGAAAAAGACCCCAAAGAAGAUGAUGAAAAUGGCAACCGGAGCCGUAGCGUCGGCGCUGGAAGAGGAGGGCACAGACACUUCCGAUAGCGAAGGUUCUACAGUAGGAGGAUCUAUAAUAGGAAGCUGUGGAUCAAAAUAUGACUACUUUCAUUCUGAUGAGGAAGCAAUAGAAGCUGACAAUGAGGGUGAUGCUGAGCCCUGUGACGAAGAAAAUGAAGAUGACGCAGAAUCAAAUAUUGGGACCAAUACGGGCUGGGCAGAUGCCAUGGCUAAAGUCCUCAACAAGAGAACUCCUGAAAGUAAACCUUCUAUUCUGGUCAAAAAUAAGAAGCUGGAAAAGGAAAAAGAAAAGUUAAAGCAAGAAAGACAAGAGAAAAUAAAACAGCGUGAUAAGAGGAUGGAGUGGGAAAUGAUGUGCAGAGUAAAGCCAGAUGUUGUCCAAGACAAGGAGACAGAGAGAAAUCUGCAGAGAAUUGCAACGAGGGGUGUGGUGCAAUUAUUUAAUGCUGUUCAGAAACAUCAAAAGAACGUUGAUGAGAAGGUUAAAGAAGCUGGAAGCUCUAUUAGAAAGCGAACUAAGUUGAUAUCAACUGUUUCCAAGAAAGAUUUUAUCAGUGUUUUGAGAGGAAUGGAUGAAAGUACAAAUGAGACUACCUCAAGCAAGAAGAAACCAAAAGUCAAACAGACUGAAGUGAAAUCAGAAGAGGGACCAGGUUGGACGAUCCUACGUGAUGAUUUCAUGAUGGGAGCAUCUAUGAAAGACUGGGACAAGGAAAGUGAUGGGCGAGAUGACAGCAGACCAGAAUCUGCAAGUGACUCUGAUACAUAAAGCACCAUAGGAAAUAAAAUCAUCAUUUUAUUUUUUCUAGAAAAAUAUUUCAUCCCCUGAUAAUUGGGGAAUUAUAAGGAUACCCAAAGUCAAAAGACUUUUGCCUGAUUUAAUAUUUCCCCUUUUCAUGUACACUUUAUAUAUACUUUAUUAAAAUUAUAUUUUAAACACU